AAAGGAUCAAUUUACCACAAAAAAAUAAUAUUUUUUGUAUUUUGUUAAUUAGACCAUGCAUGUCAGCAGUUAAGGUCUCUAUUCAAUCAGUAUCGCGGAAAUUCAGUGUUACAGCGUGGUUGAAAUUUAAAGGCAACGUUCACGCGUUAGCAGAGACUGCAUUCACGGUAAAAGCUGCAUAUGUCGGCUCAAUCGGAAAUUACCUGCGAAUUUCGAUCAAGCAAUCUGUAACGCUUCUGCAAUACAGAUUGAAUAGAGCCAUACGUUUUCAAGAUAGGGAACUUUAGAUAAAAAUAAAGGUGUGAUAAUGGUGCGAUUUGCAUCAUCAAACUUUUAGCUUUUUACUAAAAGUGCUCUAUCUUGACAACUUAGGGUCUUGCACCAUAUCUACAGUGGACUAAUGAGCAAAAUACUUGAAGAUAAUUUGAGUAAAGCGAUCUUUAUAGGCAAAGGCAUUAUAAAGGUAAUCAUCAUCAUUCAUUAAAGAGUAUGAGGUCAUGUGUUGGACAGAUAAGUGAACGUUUGAUCAGCCUAAAUUAGGGUCAAAUUGCAUCUAUCAAUCACUUCACACUACAAAGUCGGGAAAUGUCAGUUCAUUACUCUGACCAUUUUUAAUUAGCCCGAGCCUAAUUAGUGUGCAGUGUAUCCUCAUUCCUCAUACAGAAAAGUGAUAUAUUGAAUAUACAGUGGAGAAUUAACACUUUCUAUGAAGUAGGUCAACAUUUGUACAAUGCUUUAUAUUAUAAUAUCCUUUAUGUGUUAUGACACUGACUAUACACUGAGUGUACAAAAUAUUACGUUCCUAAUAUCUUGUUGCAACCCCUUUUGCCCUCAGAACAGCCUCAAUUCGUUGGGGCAUGGACUCUACAAGGUGUUGAAAGCGUUCCACAGGGAUACUGGCGCAUGUUGACUCCAAUGCUUCCCACAGUUGUGUCAAGUUGGCUGGAUGUCCUUUGGGUGGUGGACCAGUCUUGAUUCACACAGAAAACUUGAGCGUGAAAAACCCUGCAGCAUUGCAGUUCUUGACACACUCAAACCGGUGUGCCUGGCACCUACUACCAUACCCCGUUCCAAGUCACUUACAUAUGUUGUCUUGCCCAUUCACACUCUGUCUCCAUUGUCAAAGGCGUACAAAUCCUUCUUUAACCCGUCUCCUCACCUUCAUCUACACUGACUGAAGUGGAUUUAACAAGUGUCAUCAAUAAGGGAUUAUAGCUUUUACCUGGAUUCACCUGGUUAGUGUGUGUCAUGGAAAGAGCAGGUGUUCCUAAUGUUUUGUACACUCGGUGUAAGCGUCUAUAAUAGGGAAGGGAAAGGGAAUAACUCAUUAGUGGUGAUAAAACUCUGUAUGAUGUUUUAUUGAUAAUGAACUAUAAUGAGUUAUAAGAAUAUAAUGCAUAAUGUAUUAUUAUAGCCAUACUUGUUUGGAAACAGAGACAAUAUAGUUUUUAGACACAUUGGGCCUUGUUAUACUGUAGCCAUCCUGCUAUAUGAGCCACUUUACAAUUCCCACCAAUUCAGUUAACCCUAUUGACAGAAUGCAUAGGGUUUCACGCCAGUCUGACACCAAUGUUUGCUACACUGGUGUCAGAAGUGAGAUGGCGGCUGUGAGGUCAUCGGAGCUCACGGGCCUGACCAUGUGAGGGGUUGGAGUAGCGAUCCUCGCUAUAUGAGUCAGGUUAUAAUUUACACCGUUUCUAUUGACACAAUGCGUAGAGUGUUUGCCUUUACGCCUCGAUCACACCUACAUGGCACAAAAUGGUACGCAGCAUCAUCUGGAUGUGUGCAACAAAAGUUCAAUAUUCACCUGCUACCAUUUCAAACCGUCUACGCAUACAAUUUGAUGCAUAUGUUCUACAAAUCCAAUGUAUGCACCACGCAGAACACACUGCAACGCAAUGCUGCAAGGUAAACACAGACUUCCAUUGUAAAUUAAUGUACUUAUGGUGUCCCAAAACGAAAAAAUUAUAUCCGUGUGAUCGAGGCGUUACAGUGGCAAACAGCAGUUAAAACAAUAGCAAAACAAUCCCCGCCCCUGUUUUCGUAAAAAGCUGAGGAAUGGGGCUGGAGAAAUGUUACCACUCAAAUUCAUAGACAGCUAUGGAUGCAAGGACUGACCAUCCAUAAUGUAAACAUUCUAGUUUGAACCAUGUUGAGGCUAUAUAGUGUUUGUUUACAAGAGCACGUAAUGUAUUAUAAAGCACUAUGCAUGUGUUUGUUUAAAUAAAGCGAUCAACUUAGUUAUAGGACACUGUAAUAGGUAUGUGUAGGCUUUAAUUAAGUUUCCUUCAGUCUGGCGCCCGUGAUUGGUAUCUUCAUGAAAUGAGCACGGGUCUCCACUAAUGAUGCACAGGUGUUAUCUGUUAGGUCACCUCCCAUGUGUGACGCUAAACUGCAAGUUUAGCUGCAAGAUUUGACCAGUGAAUAGUAAAGCCUAUAGAAAUUAAUUGGACAUAUUCCCUGUUCUUUAGAUUGACCUAAUUUCUCUUUAUCGCGUGUUGAAUUUGCAGCCCCAGUUUGUAGCAAACGUUACCGCGAAGAUGUUCCGCUUUUUCAAUAUUCUGCCAGCCCCUCUGCAGAUGUGCGUGAGAUCAAUUUGCAUUCACCCCGUACCCGACGUUACUGAGGAUGAGAAAAGGGCGAAAAUUCAAAACUCUAAUAUAGAACGAGAUUUGUUUGAACAAGCCAAGCUUGAGGUGAACGUGAUCAAAAUAUUGCUACUUGGUGCUACAGAGAGUGGUAAGAGUACCAUGGUCAAGCAGAUGAAGAUCAUCCACAGUCAUGGCUUCUCCAAGCCAGAGCUUAUUAGCUUCAAGGCUGCAGUGCUGGAUAACCUCCUGACCUCCUUGAAGUUUGUGCUGCGCGGCAUGGGACUGCUGAGGAUUCAUCUGGCCAACAAGAAGAACAAGGCCCAUGCCCGCGCUGUGCUGUCCUGUGGCCAGUGUUUCGGGGAGGACGGGGAGCUGCUGCCGUUUGUGGCCCUGUCUUUCUGCGCUCUCUGGGCCGACCAGGGUGUGAGAGCUGCAGCUGCCAGGGGCUACGAGUUCCAACUCAACGACUCCGCGCUCUAUUUCUUUGAGAACAUAAGUCGGAUCAUCUCUCCCAGAUACAUUCCCACUGAGGCGGACGUACUGCGGGUGAGAGUGCGAACAUCCGGAAUCAUCGAGACUCGGUUUCCAGUCAAUCACAUGGUUUUCAGGAUGUAUGAUGUGGGCGGCCAGCGGACCAAGAGGAGGAAGUGGCUGAGCUACUUUGACUGUGUCCGGGCCGUGCUGUUUGUUGUGGCGCUCAGUGACUACGACAUGACCCUGAUGGAGGACCGCUCUAUGAACCGGCUACAAGAGAGCCUUGAACUCUUUACCUCCAUCUGCACCAACAUAGUUUUCAGAAGUACCUCAUUGAUUCUGUUAAUGAACAAAAGUGACCUCUUCCAGGAGAAGAUCUUAAACUCAGGAAGGCACUUGCGGCUCUACUUCCCUAGUUACAAAGGAGCCGACUGGGACGUGGAUGCUGCCUCGCGUCACAUCACUGCCAUGUUUGUGGCCUGCAACAAGACCCCCAACAAGCUUGUCUUCCACCACUACACCACCGCCACAGACACCCACAACGUACGGGUGGUCUUCCACGUCGUCAUGGACACCAUCGUCAAGGAGAACUUGGAGGCGGUCCCGUUGCUAUAAGACCUGACCUGGGUGCAUUUGACUGCAUCAGUGCCUUAAAGACACUUUCUAGAUUUUAUUGAUGGAUAUUUGUUUUUAUAUAAUUUAACAUAGUAAAUAUUACAUAACUACAGACAACUGUCAUUGUGUUUUGUGCAUUUAUUUUUACUGCUAUGAGCUGUAAAACAAACUUAAUUUAGUUGCUCAGGACAUUCAAAGCUAUAUCCUUAGUUAAUUUUGAUUGUCAUCAUGGAUUUAAAGGACUGAGCUAAGUUAAUAUGGAUGGACAUUCCUCAUUUUGACUUUUUUUCAAUAAUCAUGUUGGUGUUGACAUUAGGUGUUUUAAUUCAAUAAAAUAA